AAUCGAUCAAUCGCCCGCCCAUCGACUAUCGACGCAAUAUAUACCUAGUAUAUUAUACCUAUUAUGUGUAUAGUGUAGUAGUGUAUCCAUUUUUUUCGUCGCAUGUGUAUGUAUUGUGUUUAUUAUAGUUUUCAUUUAUUCGACGUUAAGCCGUGACAUCGAAUUAACCUUUUGAUUUCGCAGUGCGCUUCUAGAUUACCGCACUAUUUUUUCACUCGCCCUGCACUCUGACACUCUCUCGCUGUCUCUCUCUCUCUCUCUCUCUCUGUUUUUCUCACUUCUUCUCUCCACAUUGCCUAUUCCAUACAUUAUACAGAGUGUUUCAAUGUUUUUCGUUACAUUUUAAGAAUCGUAAGCGAUGAGUGAAGCUAAAAUUAUAUUUUGUAUUAUGAAAAUAUGGGGCUUUUAAUGGCAUUUACGCGGCAAAAUAUGACGACCCUCAACUAUAUCGUAUCACCUUGAUAUAGUUACUCAACACAAAACGCAAUACAUAUAGUAGUACAGUGGCGAAUUUUCAACAUUUUUCUUGGAUUGGGGUCAUAAUUAACUAACAUAAUAUAUUGUCAGAAACUAGAGCGACUUGAAUUCGAAUUUUACACUUUUACAUAUCGUGCGUAUUAUACCCACUCGUUCGUUUACUUAUUCUAAAAUAAAAGACAGCAUAUAGCUUAUGCAUUUUAUAAGAAUAUAAAAAUAAAAAAUAAUUGUAUAUAAUAUAUAUAUAUAUAUCUUUCCUGGACCACCCCCUACUGUAAAUCCUCCAUUGAUCCCAUAUAUUUAUAAUAUAAACACGUACGUACAUAUAUAUAGGUGGACUAUCGUAACGACGUCCUAGUCGAUGAUCGUCUAUAUAAUAGACAGCACAUGCGCGUUAUUUGUCGGCAAAACGUUGGCGUCAGUGUAAUGACGUUUUUGAGUUUCGAAUACGAAAAAAAAAAAGAAAUGAAUAGAGACGAAAAACAAAACCCUCUAUAUACUAACAGGUGCGGAGGUCCUUCGUCGUGGCUAUUUUAGAGUCGGUUUGGUCGCCGUCGCCGUUCUCCCAGUGCCGUCGUGGGAGCGUCCAAACCGUGGUGGACGACCGUGGCCGCAGUGUACAUCCGGCGUACCGAGGACAACAGUCAGACGGAAGCACGCGAUAAACGGAUGGACGUCGGACCGGCUGCCGCGGCGGCGGCGGCGACCACCCCGGAAACGAUGACGACGUACCGGCGGAGGCCGGAAGCGUUCCCGAGCCGCGGUGAGCACCAGUGAUGGCCAGCUCAGGUAUGCACGCCGCACUGUACAUACGAGAGAGGCAAAAGAUCCGCGUGAAAAGGAUCCGUAGGGAUAGGUUCCAAUUGCCCAGUCACGUGGCCACCAAGAACAUCGCCCCGUUCCCGGAGUUCCCACCUACUACGUGGAAUAAGACAGCAGCGUCGGUGGCUUGGCCUGGACCAGUCGGUCCGUCUCCAGACAGCGAUGGCACGGCACCAGGUGGUUCCAUACUCAUACACCUGCCUGCUGACCCACAUAGGAAAUGGACGAAAAAAAAUAAGAUCCACGAUGCCCUGUCAUUCGGCGGUGGUGAUGGCGACGACCGGAGGCUGUACGAGCUGCAGCAGGGCGCGGCGGCCAACACGCUACUGUACGUGGGACUGUGCUCAGUGGCCCUGGGCCUGAUCAUCGCGUUCGUGGGCACCGGUGAGAAGGGCUUCAAGACCGUCCAGCUCCGGUUCAUCGGGCCCGGCAUGAUCGCCAUCGGGGUGUGCUGUUGCGCCGUCCGCAUUAUGUUGUGCUUCUGUCCGCCGACGUUUUGCUUCAAGCGUCGCCGGCACAAGGGUGGCGGUGCUUCCGACAAAAUGGCCGAGUUCUACAAAUACAUGCCGUUCCGGAACCAUCCGAUAAAUGCCAACGCGGCCGCUUCCGAACCGCUCACCGGAGUCGUCGUCGAGACCGUACCGAUGGCGGUCCUGAAACCAGCGCUGAAACGCGUGUCCAUGGCAGCCGACCAGCAACCGCAAACCGUCUGCCAACAAGCGAAAAGGAUGCCCAAGGCCACUCCAGAAGCCAGCCUGGACAGCAGCAUGGAACAUCUGAUCGAACAGGAUGACCAUCUGUACACGAAGGACGAGGUGAGCUCGAAUAAAAAUCUUUCCAACCUCAAGUCAACGUUGACAUUCGAGGACUCGUUGAACGUGGCUACCAAAAUGAUGGUCAAAUCUUUCGAGGAACUGAACAACACGUCUUCCAUGCCCGGAGGUGAUUCCACCGACCAGCACCGACAGGAGCUUGUGCUAAGCGCCGUGAACCUGACAAAGUAGAAUAGCGAGUCGGACCGCACAAUAUAAUACCCAUACUACAUGAUAUUAUACCGUAGUACAUAAUAAUAUGAUAAAUUAUUGUUGUAUAUUCAGACGAAUUUGGCUGUGACGAAUAACCCCAUGCAUGUACCUAUAUAAUAUGUAUAUACAAUGUAUUAUUAUGUGUGUAAAUUAACGAUUAACUACAUACAUAUA